GGUGGCGGCGUGCCGGAGCCGUUGCCCCGGGUAACGCGGCCUGCUCCAUGGAGCGCGUCCAGAGCCUGCGGACCCCCGCCGCCACCACCAGUGCCACCGCUCGCCAGAUGCCGUCAGAGCUGAAGCGAUUGGUGGACAACACGCACCUGGUGUCCCCUUCAAUCUCGUUGAUCUUGUCGUGUGGGGAGAUGGAGCACAUGAGCAAGGAGAAGAAACUGAAGGAGCUUGUGGUGGUGAACAUGUCGGCAUGUUACCUGAUCAACAUGGGCUACUUGACCAACUGCUCCGCUCUGCGUGUCUGCAUUCUGCCCAGGAAUUACAUCUCCAAGAUGGAUGCUCUCUCAAACUGUCCCAAUCUAAUCAAGCUGGAUCUCCAUAGCAACCAUAUUACCGAGCUCCCAGGCGAGUUCUUCUGGAGGGAGAUGAAGUGUCUGGAGGUGCUGUAUCUCCACAACAACAUCAUUGGUGACAUGUGCAGCAUCGAGGCGCUGAGCGGCUGCCCACAGCUCACCGUGCUGACCCUGUACGACACCCCCAUCAGCCUGGUGCCAAAGUAUCGCCACUUUGUCGUCAACAGCAUCUGGAGCCUGAAAGCGCUGGACAACUUUGUCAUUGCCGACGAGGAACUGAUGGAGGAAUGGCCGAGGAAUGACAAGUUCAAGGCUCUGGGUCCGCAGUACUCUCUACAAUCCCCUGCAUCAUCCCAGAUCUCCACCUGGCGCAGUGAGCUGGACAACGUCCAAAAGCUGGUGGGCAUCAUCAACAACAUCCUUGCCCAUCACUCCCCUGUGCACAUCAUUCAGCGCUGGGUCCGUGGCCACCUCACCAGGAAGAAGCUGGGAGCCACGUCAAGCCCAGGUCACCAAGGUGUGGUGUGUGUGGAGGUGAACACCUUGUGUGGGCGAGGUAUCCACCUGCUACAGGAUGGAAGUCUGUGGGUGGAGAGGAACCGCAGGCAGGGGGGCCAGCGGCAGGCUGUGCAACUACACAUCAACCAGCUGCAAGUGAAGACCUUGCAGGCUCGCUAUGAGGCCAAGGAACUAACGUCAGGCCUGUACCCGCACGUCUCGCAGGGGAAGAGCUGGGACAACAACUGCCACAGGAGCAACUCUCCCAGGCAAAGGAUGCCUGACUGGCCCAACGUCACCCCCGUCCCGGGUGUGUUGGGAUUUGGUUCGUGGAUGUAUGAGGAUGAGGAUGAGGAUGAGGAGGAGGAGGAGGAGGAGGAGGAGGUGGAGGAUGUGGAUGAAGUCACAGUCAAGCCGUGCCAGAUCCUGCAGCAGCCUAACCGUGCCCGCGAGAUGCUGCUCACCCACUGGGUGUCGGGGCAGGACGUACGUCAAGGCAUCCAGCAGCUGCACCAGAUGGGCAAGGACCGGCCACAGCCCAGCUUCACCUACCGCCCGCCGGUUAGGGUGGGCACCCGGCUCUACGCCAAGUCCUUUGGCUGCGUCAGCCUGGCACCCUUUGCUGCCAUCCAGCGAGCCUACAGCGAGCGGGAGAGAGUGGCCAGGCAGCGUGUCCGCGAUGAUCGCACCCGCCGGCAGAAGGCAGCUGAGGACCAGGCUCGUUGCCAGCUGCAGGGCCAGGCGGAGCUGAGAAUGGCCAGGCCACUGAUCCAGCACCGGGAGGACAGGGCCCGUGGUGAGCAGGCUAUCCUGCGGCGACAGGUGGAGCGUGUGGAGUCCCUGAGGCAGCUCCGCCAUAACAACGCUGUGUCCAUGGAGGACAGGCACCAGCGAGCCAUGGAGCAGCAAUCCACCAGGGAGUUCAACUGCCGUUACACCAUGAUGGCACACACCUCGCUCAAGAGGCAGAUCAGGGAGAAGAACGAACAUGUGCGGCAGCAGAAGCUGGAGAUGGCCAGGAACGUCAAACUGCACGCCAGCCUGAUGAAGGGGCAGAUCAAGGACAACAUGCUGGACAGACAGCUGGCGGUCCAGGCGGAGGGCCAGGCUGCGGACACUGCGGCCAACACUGUCGUCUCGUUGACCGCCAGAGACCGGCUGCUCCGUGCCAGAGCCACGGUGAAGCCGCUCAAGCUGACAACCGCCGUCGGGAAGGGCACGCCAGGCCCUGUGAAGCUGCCAGGAAUCAGCCGCCAUCUCCCCACCACCCACACCCUGGCCUCUGCCGCGCCCGCCUGACCUCCAGCCCCUGCAGCCGGCCGUGGUCAGCUAGCAGGUCCGGCUGUACCCAGCUCCUUCCUCACUACACAGCAAAUGCUUCAAACCCAGAGUGUGUACCUGUACAAAUGUAGCACUGAAAUAGAAAGAAUAACCAC